AUGGAGGAGCAGACUGUAAAUCAACUGGACAACAUGUUGCUUCAGUUUGGUAUAGAGACUCGAGAGCUUGCACAGAGGAAAGAUGACCUUAAACAACAAAUACAAAUUUGUGAGUCUAACAUUCAGGAGAUGAAGGAUUAUAUUAGCCGAACUCAAAAGUCUGUCAGCAAACUUGAUGAGGACAUCCAGCAAAAGCAAGCCACUGUGAAGUUUAUCAAAGAAAACACUAAAAAUCUACAGCGAACACAACAUCUGCUGCUUCAGUAUGAAAAGACACUGGAAGUGGAGCUGGAGAAGAGACAGGACAACUAUAACCAUGACAUGAAAAUGUUUCAGGAGAGGAUGGAGAGCUACAGGAAUGUAUUUCUGCAGCAUAAGGAUCGAUACUGUCAGAACCCACUGGCUCAAAAUCUGCUGAAGGUUCAAGCAGAGAACGAGGAAAUCGAGAGCAGAAUCAGAGCAAUCGAAGAACAAAUAAUGGAGAAAGAGACAGAACUGACAGCAGUGUUGGGUAAGGAUGAGCCGGUCCCCGAAGAAGCCAACAGUUAUGAAAACAGAAAGUGUCAAGAAACCGACGGCCUACAAAACGAAAGUGAUGAAAUGGACCUUCAGCAAGACGCAGUAAUGCAGAGACCUGAGGAAUGUGCAGAUGAACACAUGGUGGAUGAAGAUCAGUCUGUGGAGAUUAAGGACAAAACAACAGAAAGUGAAUCUAAAAUGGACACAAUUAGCCAUGGCUUGUGGACAAAGAGAGAAAUUGGAGAAGAUGACAUGCAAGAAGGCGAUCAGCCAUCAGAGGAAGCGAAUGAACUGGAGGGAAAAAUGAAUGUUUCAUGUACUGCGGAGCUCAUGGAGGAAACGUCAGAGGAAAAGGAGGAUGGUCAUUUGGAGACGAGCACAGCAGAUAUUCAUGAGGACUCAGCGAGUGAUGGUGUCGUCUGUCCUCCUCCUUCACCUGCUAGAAUACAAGCCACACCAACCACACCAACGUUCUCCUUGAACAACAGUCCCAAUGCAUCACCUGGACAUCAGGAGAUCUCACACAGCAAAUCUCCAGCAUUCGUCUUCUCCAUGAACUCUGGUCCAGGCACUCCUGCAUUCUCGAAGCUGGGCUGUGAUUUCGAUGUGGGAUCAGCUGGAGAAGAGGCCUCUCCAUUUAACUUCACAAGCUCCUACUUCAGCGACAAGGUACUGUAUUUCUGCAGAAACAUGAUGCUUGUGUUUAAUGGCUGA